GUCAAGACCAAGAAUGGGCGCGCGACCGAAAGACCGCGGGAUGGGGAACAGGGCCGAAGCCGUGCGCGGUGCCGAUCAUCGACGGGGACAGCCGAGUGGCGGCGGGCAGCGACGAGGGAGGCUGGAAAGGGCGGAGACUGAGCGGAAAGAGCCGAAGCUGAGCCGAUGUCGAGCGAUGGGGGCCGAAAACUGACGGAAGAAUCCGAAGGCCCAAGGGAGGGCUCGAGGGCCGCUCCGCGCCGUAGACUCAGUCGGGGAGCCGAGGCUGAGGACCGAGCGGCGGGACGCAAUGGGAGCGGGCGGGCCGCGCCCGAGAGCGGCGGCCCGGACACGCGGGACACCGAGGACGGCGGGACACCGAGGGCGGCGGGACACCGAGGGCGGCGGGACACCGAGGGCGGCGGGACACCGAGGGCGGCGGGACACCGAGGACGGCGGGACACCGAGGACGGCGGGACACCGAGGACGGCGGGACACCGAGGACGGCGGGACACCGAGGACGGCGGGACACCGAGGACGGCGGGACACCGAGGACGGCGGGACACCGAGGACGGAGCGGCUGUUGUGAAGCCCAACGUCCACAGGAUGGAAAGGUCCCGAGUCCCGAGUCCCCUGUGCUCAGGGGACCCUGGGGAAGCGGGGGGGCCCACCUUAUCCCCUCCUAGAACAUACCCCGUCCAGUGGCUGAGGCACAGAUACCGUGACCGCCGCCGUCAGUGUCCAGGACCGCACAGACGCAGCAGGGAUUCACAGGAGGUAAGGGAAGCGCCUGCUUACUCUCCCACCCCUGCAUGGUCUGUUGACUGUGGGCUGCAGACACCCACCUUCUCAGGGGACGCUGUGGCACAGAGCUUGACACAGGUUAAUUAAUUGCAGAGUUUGUUAUUUCUUCUAAAUGUUUGUUUUGUUUUGUUAGAGAGAGACACACAUGGGUUCAGGGUGGCGGAGAACCAAGCAGGCUCUGUGCUGUCACCUUAGACUCCGUCACGGGACUCGAACCCACAGACUAGGAGAUCAUGACCUGAGUUGACAUCCAGAGUCAGAUGCCUGCCGACUGAGCCCCCCAGGCCCCGAGUUUGGAUUCCUAGAGCCACGCCAGAGUUCCUUGUCCCCUCCCCAGCGUCACACACAUUCUCUCCCAACGGGAAGGCCCCUUCUGGGGAACUGCUGUGGGAGAGCCCCGAGUCCCCAUCCUGAAUGUGCUCCCUGGGGAGCCGAGCUCCGCUGGUGCACGUGCCUCUCGCACUGGAAGAGUCUGGAACAGUCGUGAGCAGUAGGUCACCCUGCAAGGUGGGACUGGCUGUGCCGGCGCUGGAGGCUGUGUCCCUCUCGUGUACGACCAGCAGGACGCUUGGGACUGUAGGGUGUUUAGCAGGGAUGGCGCCCAGGCCACACGCCCAGAGUGAAAACCUGGGAACGCUGUAGGGGACACGGCUUCAGGCCACGGACGGGACAGACUCCCGUGGCACCACGUGGGCACUCACCACCUAGACAUGGACGCACCGUUUCCGGUCUGUGUCUCUACAGCACUGCACUGGGCCAGCUCAGAGGCCUCACGAGUUCACAUUAACUUUGUCUCCUUAUUGCUAGUUCUAGACCACGAGUUAAAGCUGGAUUCAAAUGCUCUUUACCCAAAAAAUUACAAAAAGAAAACGUUCACCAUAUGCACUUGAGGCAUCACGGUGGCGGCUCCUAGAGCUUUCCUGCUCGGCUGGGAACACAGCCAGUGCAGGACAGUGUUGGGGCAGCUCCAUGUGCAGGGUCAGGUACAGCAGCAGGACACCCCCUCCUAGGGCGUCCGAGGCUGAGGGAGACGGAGACAUUGGAGCACAGAGAGGGAGCCCACACCACACGUGCCGGUCUGCACUGUGUUUUGUUUUGUUUUAACAUUUAUUUAUCAUUGAGAGACAGACACAGAGCGUGAGCCAGAGAGGGGCAGGGAGAGAGGGAGACACAGAAUCCGAAGCAGGCUCCAGGCUCCGAACUGUCAGCACAGAGCCCCACGCGGAGCUCGAACUCACAAACUGGGAGAUAUGACCUGAGCCGAAGUCAGUCGCCUAACCAACUGAGCCACCCAGGUGCCCCGAACUCACCGUCUGUUUUAAUGCACUUGCACUCAGCCUCACCAAGUGGACUCUGACCAGCAACUAAGGCGCCAUUUGGACAGCAGGUUUCAAGCCCGUCCCUUACUAGAGACAGCACUGCAGCGAAGGGGUGGGUGCUCCGUGGGAGGUCCCGUCCUAGGGAGGCAGAUGACACACAGACUCAUCAGCCUCCCCAGGACAGCGAGCCUUCUGCGAAACAGACAGGGGGAACGAUGUCAGAGCUCCGCACUGGGCCACCUGUCUAGAGUAGGUGGGUCACCUUCUAGAAGGACUGCCACGCAUUAUGCCAAGACUUGUCUCCGACUCCGCUUCAGCCUGCCCUUUGUGGACAUGGUGCAGAGCCAGUUGAGUGCCCUACACAGAUCAGUGGAGACGGACAGAGAAUCUGGGACUGACCCACACUUACAGGAUCAACUCCUGUUUGACGAAGGUUCCAGGACAGUCCGAUGUGGGAAAACAUGGUCCUUUCAACAGAAAGUGAUGGGGAAAGUGGACAUCCAUAUGGCCAAAAAAAUAACAUUGAUCCUUGCUUCACACGGUGCACGACAUAAAUUCCAAAUGGGUCACGUACAUAAUCAUAGAAUCAAACGUGUAGGAGAAACAUGGGAUAAAACAUGCCCUGUGUGUGUCCGGAUGUGCACGCAGUGGAGACGCAUACUUCACAACUUAAUACAGAAUAUACACAGAACUGUUUCCACAAUAACACAAACAAGUCCCUGAGAUGAUGGGAAGACACUUCCCAAAAAAUACACGGUUGCCCAGUAAGCACACAGAAAUGCUCAACGUAUUAGUCGCCGGAGAAAUCUAAAUUAAAACCAUGAGAUCCCACUAAACACCCACGUGAAUGACUACAGUGAAAAAGACAGACGUGCCACAUGGCGAGGCUUUGGAGCAGUGGGGACUCUCCUACGCUGCUCACGGGAGCGGUGCUCACACUUUGCAAAACUACUUUCAUCAGUUUCUUUUAAAAGUUAAAAUACAGGGGGUGCCCAGAUGGCCCAGUUGGU